CAUAAUAAUUUUUUGCCAUUUUUUUUUUAAUUUAUUUGGGUCUUACAGCGUUAAAGCAUAAUAAUUAUAUUCUGAAAUAUUUGACUGUUUGGUGUGGAUUCUGCAUUAAUCAUUACGACUGAAUGGAGGUCGGCAGUGUAUAAAACAGACUAUAUAUUUACAGUCUAUGGUAAAACAUGAGCACUUCAGUCCAGAGGAGGGCGGUGACGCUUCUGAUUGGUCGCUGGUCAGGAAGGAAAAGGGACAAAGACUACAAGAGAGGAGGGAUCAGUGAGAAGAGAGCAGGUGAGAACCGAACGGCUAGCAUGGCAGCAGGCUCAGUAUCAAAGCUCCAGCUGGUCCACAGACACAUCCGAGCUUUUCCAGAUUUUCCGAAGAAAGGCAUCCUGUUCAGAGACAUUUGUCCCAUCCUGAAGGAUCCCGCUGCUCUCACAGCAGUAAUUGACUUGUUUGAAGAACAUGUGAGGAACAAUCAUCAGCAGGUGGAUCUGAUUGUAGGCUUAGAUGCUCGUGGUUUUCUGUUUGGGCCUCUGCUUUCCCAGAGACUGGGUAUUGGCUUUGUCCUAAUCAGAAAGAAAGGUAAACUGCCUGGAGCCACCGUGUCUGUGUCUUACGAUUUGGAGUAUGGCAAGGCAGAAGCAGAAGUCCAGGAGGAUGCAGUGGCUGCUGGACAGAAGGUUUUGCUCAUCGAUGACCUUCUAGCCACUGGAGGAACAUUAUAUGCGGCCUGUGAGCUGAUGAAGAAGCUGCAGGCUGAGGUUCUGGGCUGCAUGGUGGUCAUCGAGCUCAAAGAGCUGAACGGCAUCGACAAACUGAAAUUGCACAAUGUGUUUUCCCUGGUUCAGUACUGAGGACUUCUGGAGACACCACAAUCUAGACAAGUCAAGUGCAUGGUGCAAGAAAACAAGAAACCUCUCCAACUCAGCAACAAUUUCACAGUUCCUCUCAUUUCAAUCGUGCAUCUUCUUCUCAGUUUCAUUCAGUGCUGAAAUUUAAAAUGUUUUGUCAUUAAUUCAUGAUGUGUUAAUGUUUUGGCUGCACAGCUAGAGUCUGACUAAGCUUAAGAGAGGAAGACAGCUUCAUUCUCACAGAUCCUUAAGGGUUCUUAGAAAGUGUAAAAUAAGAUCUAGAGGUUGCAUGGCGGGAACAUGUUACCUGUGACUCACUUACCAUGUCCAUACUUUUUUUCUUUUUUUUUUUUUUUAGCAGUUUUUGUUUUAUUGUAUUGUCCUCUUCAUCUGUAUCUAAUUUAUUCAGUAAGGAGGUGCAAUAUCCAUUUAACACUGAGAACAGAAAUAUGACUUGAGAUGUUAAGCUGUGCGAUGCUAACAAUGUGGUGGAACAGUUAGCUAGCUGGGAUACGUUACUCUGACUAACAGGCAUGAGUAUUUACAAAAAUAACUGUAGCUAAGUUGUGUCUUAGCUAUUUUCAGUGUAUUUCCUUUCUUUUGGAGAAUUCAAAGGGUCUUAAAGUGUUAUUGUUUGAUGGAGGCAUGAAACUGUGCUCAUUACUCCGAGGGGAAGUUCUUAAUAAUGACCUUUACUGACUACUUUUGGAGCCGAGUUGUAACACUUCUUAUCAUCGCUGGUGGAGAAAAAUGCCAUUUAUUGCAAUAAGAGGCCAAAAGAAUAAUAAGUGGAGGCGAAGGAAGUAACACGUAACCCUCAGGUUUAUUUAUGUGGAGACUUCAACCAGAUUGUUCCAUUUAAAGCUGUACCGUUGAGAUGUGACCAUGUAAGCACUGUUGUCCUAGGCAGGAUGGAAGAUUUUCAGCACUUAUACAACUUUUGCUUUUGUAUUCAAACCUCAAACACGAUUAUAAAUCUAUGCCUAAAAAUA